AUUAUUGAAAAGUAUUAAUAUUAACUUUAGUAAUUUUUAAACUUUACCAAAAACAAUCUUUUUGUUUUAAAUACAUUGUUAUUCAUAAAAAAAAAAGGAAUAAAUUAUGAAUAUUUAUAUUGUAUUAUUUUUAAUGUUGUGUCCAUGUUUCCUCAAACAUUAUUCACGGUCUUUCUGGAUUUAUUGUUGUAUUGUUUGUUUGUUUGUAUUUACUCCUUCAUUAAUUAAUUACUUCAUUCACCACGAUCAAUGGAGGGAGAAUACAGGCUCUCUUUUACUGGAGACGCCAAAGAAAACAUUGCAAAUCAGUGUGUAUAAAACACCAUCUGACUCGGAGAAAAAGUCUCGGUGAGUGUCACCGUUUAAUACAAGAGUUGCGCCUUAAUGGAGAAGAUUUAUGUCACGAUCAUCUAGUAAUGGGUUUUCCGAGACCGCGAGAAUGAACUUCUCUCCCAUGUUGACGUCUACACGAUUAUAUCGCAUAUUCCGUGCGACUGUCACUAGGGGGCGAAAUCCGACAGUCGUGUGCAGUGUGAAGGCGGCUUUAAGCGCUCCGGUUUAUAAUGUGAAAAAAUAAUAAAAUGUUAUUGUUAAAUAAUGGUUCCUUGUUAGUUAAAAUAUCGGAAGAAUAUAUAUGUACAAUAAAACGAUGUAACAUGAAAGUGUUUUACCUGCAGCAGAAGUUGUGUUUGUAAUUGAGGGAAUGCAGUGUCACGUGGUCCAUUAGCGUUGGCCUGUUAAGUGUAAUCUCUAAUUCCGUGUUUGUGUCGGAAUGUUUAGCAGGUGACGAGUGUACAAUGGUUCAAACUGCAUGUUUCUGAUUUAUGCAGUUAUGGAACCAUCUCUUUAUUUUCUUGGUGCAUAACCAUGUUGAUUAUAUGUGGGCAGGCGACGAGUGUGCAAUGGUUCAAACUGCAUGUUUCUGAUUUAUGCAGCAGUUUUGGAUAAAGCACAGCCAUUGAAUCAGCAGAUGUCUCUGGUCUCUUAUUUUACAUCGCACAAGAACACAACGCAGAACGGUAGCCAGAUACGACACAGAGGGCCAGACCGGCUACAUAUAUAUACAUCAUGAGUAAAAUCUACAAGACGAGAGCAGAUGAAGGUGCACGGCCAGACGGGCCUCCUGUCCAGAAAAAACGCAGGAAUAGCCUUUUGGAACCGCCUUCUAUGAGUAUUAUCAUAUUUGGAAGCUCUGGUCAUCAUCAGUUCUCUCUCACGGAGUCGAUCCUGCAGAGAAAGGUGUUUAACGACGCUAAAGACACUAAACUAACAACUAAAACCUCUGGGAAUAUCUCUGAUAGAAAUGUGACACUGAUCAACACUCCAAAUCUUAUUGAUCAUGAUUUAUUUCACUACAUGUCAAAAAAAGAGCUGAAGAAGGCGGUUUGUUUCUCCUGUCCAGGGCCACACGCCGUCCUGUUUACGCUAAACCCGUUUGAGAUACCACCGAAUGUGAACGAGAUUUUUAAACAGUUAGUGCAGUACUUUGGAGAUAAAAUCUUAAAUAACACAAUGGUGGUUUUGUACCAUGAAGAACAGCAGUUGAGCAAGCAGAUUGAAGACAGUGUGAAGAGAAAUAAACACUUCAAUAAACUUUUUAAGAACUACGACGAAAGAUGCUUCUUCUUCAGCAGAAUGAAGAACAGGAGUGAUGGUGAGGUGACAAUGGAGCUGUUUGAGAAAAUAGACAAGAUGGUGGAAAGUCAUGGGAUUUUUUCUAAUCCAGAGUUUGAAGAUGCUGAAAAACGAAUCAAGAAAGAAGAAAAAAUCCUCCAAGAUCAGAGAAAGAAGGAGGUCAACGCAAUGCUGGAGGACCUGAAGAAAACGUAUUCUCAGGUUGAUCUGGAACGGGAAACUGAGCAGUAUAAAGAAAAGAUCAGGUUAGAGAACAGGGAAAAGGCAGAGAUGAUGAUCGCAGAGAGACUCGGCUUUGCUCUCAGACUUGUCGAUUAUGCAGCGGCUGUAGGGAAAGGAGCAUUUGCAGGGACAAUAUUAGCGGGGGCGAUGGGGUAUCCGGGUAUGGCUGUAGGAGCAGCGGUCGGGGCAGUACUUGGUGGUAUGUUAGGUGGUUUUUUUCGAGCAGUUUGGAACAUAAUCAGUGGUGCUUUAUCAGAUUUUGGUAGACAUGCAACUUAAACUUAACUGUAGAAAUCCACUUUUAUCAACAGAAGGUUUGAUUAAUAAGGCAGGUAUUUUUAUACAGAUGAGCUAUUUCAGAGAUUGCUGGUAAAACCUUAAACUAUACCAUUGUAUAAAUCCAAUGUUUUAUCCUUUGCAUCACUUAAUGUAUUUGCAGCUUUCAGGUUCGUAUUGCUUUUACAUGUCUUGGUGUUUUGUCACUUUAUCGCCUAGCUUAUUUUGCACAAAUAAACCACACAAUCACUGACAAUCUUCACCGCAAACAAUCACAUAAAAUGUAUAGUAAUCACAUAUAUGUAUAGAAAUGAAGAAGAAGUCAAUCCAAGUGUAGAUGAAAUGAAGGGAAUACAAUUGAGGGGGGAAAAAAACAAUAGGAAGUAAGAAGUCGUGCAGCAUCUCGGUACCUCAGCGUGUAAACGUGCAAAAUGUACAAAACUUCCAAAUCAAGAAAACAAAUGAAAGCCAGAGAUAAGAAGGUCUGUUAUUUAUGAUAUAACUAUUUUAAAAAGAAAAGGUGUCUAACACAUAAAGAAGUCCACAUUGGCAGUAUUUAAAACUUACAAUUUAUUGAGCUUUUAACAAAUGAUCUCUGGUCACGUUUUAUACACCUUAUGUGGCAGGACGCACACUAAUGGUUCCAUUGUCUAGGAAACAUUCACAUGUUUCAGCUGGGACACUUUUUUUUGUAAUGUAAUGGUAUGUAGCAUGCAUGUUUACCUGGGUGUGUAUUAACUGUAAGUUGUUAUCGGUUUGUGCAGCCAAACAAUCGUUUGUCUCUUUAAUUUUUUUAUUUUUUUUAUUCAACUUCAUAAUUGGACCAUUGGACUAUUCUAGUAUAUUUUACUUUUUUGUAUAUUUUAUACUAUUUUAUUCACAUUUUUCUUUUAUUGUCAAUGAUUUUUUCUUUUCACUGAUGGCACAGAAAUGUUUGAUAAAUGAUUAUUAU